GUUAGGUGUAUGGCUGAGUCCCUUCCCUGUUCAUCUGAAACUGUCAAAACAUGGUUGAUUGCCUAUACUCCAAGACAAAAUAAAAAAGUUUUUUAAAAGAGAGAGAGAGAGAGAGCAGAUUUGAGUAAGGACAAAGUCAUGCAGUUGAGGCAGGAAAGUAUUUUUCCUCUGUGAAUCCUGCCACCUCGUACUUCCCAGACUUCCUUUUCUUAUUGAAAAUUGGAUGCAGCCUUGGCUCCUCCCUCACAGUUGUAGAGAGAGAAAGCCCAUUGAAUGAACGGGAGGACUGGGGAAUUAAGCAGAGCUUUGGAGGAAAAAUCAAGCCCUGAGGGCCCAUUGUGGGGAACGUGCCAAGCAGCCGGCUGAUGCUGGACACACCAGCCCUCAUCCUUGAGGUGAUGUAGGAGAGCCUAGGCUAGUCCCAGAUUUUUGUUUUGCUCUGGUAAGGGGGCGUGGUGCACAGUGUGAAGUGCCCCACGACUACAUGCUCGGCCCUCUUUCUCUUUUCUGUCUGUUCCCCUCUUGGAGAUCAUCCAGUCCCUUGGCUUUAUACGUGUGCACCGAAAACCCGUGGGUUUGUCCCCUGAGCCAGGACCCCUUCCAUGGACUCCACACUGUGUAGCUAGCUGGCUACUUGACAUCUCAUUUGAAUAGCAAGUAAGCAUCUCAAGUUAAGAUGUCACAAAUUCAAUCCUUGAUACAGCCCACUAAAUCAUUCUUCUGCUUCUCCGUUAAUGGUGAUUCCAUUUUCCAGGCAUGCAGUCCAGAAUUCUGAAAGCCACCUGUGAUGUCUCGGUUUGUCACCACCCCACACGUUCUGCCAGCUCUGUCUGUAAAACCUCUCCCGAGUUUCAUCACCCUUCCCGCUGCCGCUGCCGUCCCUCCACUCCCGGGAUCUAAGCCAGCGUCAGUCUCCCAGGGACCAAGGCCUGAGCUUGCUCCUGCCGCUCUUGCCGCGUUCAGACUCUUCUCAUUAAGUGUCCUUCCUAGGAAACAAGAACCUAUGGCUCUCUUUGCAGUCUUGCAGACAGCAUUCCUCUUGACAUUGCUGCCCUUGAGAACUUACCAAAGUGAAGUCUUGUCUGAACCAUUACCAUUAACUCCUGAAGCACUGAGCGUUUCCAUCAAUUCUGCAAAGCAGUGUUUGCAUUUACAAUGGACUGUCCACAACCUUGAUUAUCAUCAUGAAUUAAAAAUGGUUUUUGAGAUACAGAUCAGUAGAUUUAAAGCAUCCGAUGUCAUCUGGACGGGGAACUACAGCACCACUGUGACGCAGAACCAAGUCCUGCACUGGAGCUGGGAGUCUGAACUCCCGUUGGAAUGUGCCAUACACUUUGUAAGAAUGAGGACUAUGGUGGAUGAUGCCAGGAUUCCUGUGCCCAGGUUCUGGAGUAACUGGAGUUCAUGGAAGAAAGCAGAUGCCCAGAAUUCGCUUGGAGAUCAUCCAUUGUACGUUUUCCCUAAAGAUAAGCUGGUGGAAGAGGGCUCGGAUGUCACCAUUUGUUACAUUUCUAGGAACCAUCAAGAUAACAUAUCCUGUUAUUUGGAAGAUGUACUGACAUUUGGAAAACAACUUGAUCAAAGUGUAUGGGCAUUCGAGUUGAAGAACAUUUCUUUUCUUAGGAAAACUGGGACCAAUUUCUAUUGUCAGGGCCAAGGUGUUCCAGAGGGCGUCGUUCUUUUUGUCUCAAAAGUGCUUGAAGAGCCCAAGAACUUUUCUUGCGAAACCCGGGACCUGAAGACUUUGACCUGUACUUGGGAUCCCGGGGAUGACACUGGUUUGAUUCAACUGCCUUCCUACACUUUAUUUGAAUCAUUUUCCAGGAAAAAGACACUUUGUAAACACAGAAACCGGUGUGAUUGGCAAGUAACUCAAGACUCACAAGAAAUGUAUAACUUUACACUCGUGGCUGAAAACUACUUUAGAAAAAGAAGUGUCAGUAUUCUUUUUAACCUGAUCCAUGGAGUUCAUCCAGUGGCUCCCUAUAACUUAUUCCCCAAAAAUGUCAGUGCUACAAAUGCCACCAUGACCUGGAAGGUACACUCAAUAGGAAACAAUUCUGCACUUUUGUGUCAGCUUCAGCUCCUUGGUGAAGGAAAAGUGAUACAACAACACAAUAUCUCCGUCAGGGUGAAUGGUGAGUACCUCUUAAGUGAACUGGAGCCGGACACAGAAUACAUGGCCCGUGUACGCUGUGCUUAUGCCGACCACUUCUGGAAAUGGAGUGAAUUGAUUAGCCAAAAUUUCACCACAGCUGAAGCUGCUCCAUCGGAGGCGCCUGAUGUCUGGAGAGAUGUGAUGUUUGUGUCAGGACAUCCAACGGUGACCUUGUUCUGGAAGCCUCUAUCAAAAGUGCAUACCCACGGGAAGAUCCUGUUCUAUAAUGUCGUUGUAGAAAAUCUUGAUGAAGCAUCCAGUUUAGAGGUGCUGUCUGUCCCUGCUCCGGCCAACAGCACAAAAGUAACCCUCAAUCAGAGCUCCUACCAGAUCCACGUCACGGCUCACAACAGUGUGGGCCCUUCUCCAGCUUCCACAGUUGCCAUUUCUGGACAUCCUGGAAAUGAAAAUGUUGAAGAAGGAAGAAUUAAUGGUACAGAGGAUGGAUUUCCCAUGUCUUGGAAACCCCAAUCCAGAAAUGCCACAGGUUAUGUUGUGGAGUGGUGUGACGGUCCCCAGAACCUGCCCUGUGUUCUCCAGUGGAAAAACCUAGGACCCACUACCACAGGCACAGUCAUUAGCUCGGGUGCUUUUAGACCAGGGGUUCGCUACAACUUCAGAAUUUAUGAAAUUUCUACAAAAAGGAUGGCCCAUUUAUUAGAGAAAAAAACUGGCUAUUUAGAGGAACUGGCUCCUUCAUACAACCCUCAAGUGGUCCCGAAUAACUUGACCUCCCACUCCUUCACUCUGAGUUGGAAGGAUUAUCCCACCGAAUCUCAAACCGGUUUUAUACAAGGGUACUAUGUCUACCUGAAAUCCAAGGCAGGGGAGAAGUGCCACCGGGGAUUUGAAAAGACAGUUCUUCCAGAUAAUUCAGUAUGUUGCAAAUACACAAUUGACAACCCGGACCAAAAGACAUUUGUCAUGAAAGACCUACAGCCAGAAUCUGUCUAUGAGUUUUUCGUCACUCCUUAUACAAGUGCUGGUGAGGGUCCCAUGGAUGACUUCAGAAAGGUCACGACUCCGGAUGAAUACUCCCAUAUACUGAUACACAUCAUUCUCCCCAUGAUUUUCUGCGUUUUGGUCAUCAUGAUCGCCUGCUACCUAAAAAGUCAGUGGUUGAAGGACAAGUGUUAUCCUGACAUUCCAGACCCUUACAAGAGCAGCGUCCUGUCUUUAAUAAAAUCCAAGGAGAAUCCUCAUAUAACAAUAAUGAAUGUCAACGACUGUGUUCCAGAUGCUAUUGAAGUUGUAAACAAGCCCGAAGGGAGUAAGAUACAGUUCACAGGCACUAGGAAGUCACCCACAGAAACUAAAGGUACUAAGCCUGCCUAUCUUGACCUGCUCCCAACAGAGAAGAACUACUCUGGUCCUGGACCUUGCAUCUGCUUUGAGAACUUUACCUAUAAUCAGGCAGCUUCUGACUUGGGUUAUUGUGGACAUUUUCCAGUAACCUCUCAAGCCCCACACUGUCCGCUGGGACCACUGACUUCACCUGAAAAUUUACUAAAGACACUGGAACAAAACUACAUGAACUCCCUGGGAGAAAUCCCAGCCGGAGAAGCUAAUUUGAAUUAUGUAUCCCAGUUGGCCUCACCCGUGUCUGGAGACAAGGAGAGCCCACCAACAAAUCCACCAGAGCCAGCACUCUGUUCGGAGUAUAAAAUGCAAAUGGCCAUACCCCUGGGUCUUGCCUCCCCUCCCCCAAGUGAGAACAGCAGCCUGUCCUCCACUACCCUUUUAGAUCCAGGGGAACACUACCACUAAGCUGGGUGCCCACUGCAUAUCCUUAUGCUACACAGACACUAGCAGAAGCAUAGCUGGCACUAUUCCAUCACCAAAUACCUCGGGGCUUAAUCCCAGUGAAUUAUCACCACUGGAAGAUCUGAUUUAUAAAAUUUUGCUAGGUUUCAAAGGUCAGAAGCUAUGAAAUUUAACAUCUGUGCUUGGAGCAGGCUUGCUGUGGAAAUGGCAGGAUCGUGGGAACAGGCUUACCUUGCUCUUGUGUGUUCCACGUUCACCUUUACGGCAGCAGACCUGGCACUUGACAGAGACAGACCGCAUCCACUCAGUAUUGGACAGGGUGGCUGUGGUCCUUGAAGUUCAGCUUUUAGCAAGAAAGCAUUUCCAGUAAGUUUUACCACACAUUUCAUAUCUCAAGGGUAAAGGAACUAGAUUUCAGGCCACAGAAUAUUCGUUACGGGAACAUAAAUUGUCAAUGUUAAUUUAUUCUGGGUGUGUUUAAUGAAGUCACAUAUUUGAGACCAAAACAGAUUUUAGCCUUGCUUUGAAGUGGUGACAGGAGUAAGAUGAACUCUUCCUAUUAGACCGUAUCUAAUAGGUAAGACAUACAAUUGAACUGAUGAGAUCCCCACAGCUGUCCUUCUGUUGUUUACCACAGUUAAGGAGUGGGGCUGGCACAGAAUCCUGCCUCAGUGUCAAGAUUAUAGCACUCCUACUUAGUAGACACGUCUUCUACAAUUUUUGAUGACUACCUCAGAAUAGAAGAAAAUAUGUCAUUAAUUCCACUCACAUUUUAUAGUUCAUUUGUUUUUUGUUUUUUUCCAAGAACUAUGAUAUAUACAUGACCUGUUUUCAGUAAGCCUCUUUUGGAUUCUCCAGUAGGUUGUCUGGGCCAAGAUAACACCUUCACUGUCUCCUUAUAUUCUUCGGAUGGUAUAACUGUAAAGGGCCACGCAGAGUGGGAGCUCCGUAAUGGCUUGCAGCCGCUUUGUCUCUUUGAACCAAUAUAUGCAAAGCACCUACCUGUUACACAGCAGUGUUCAGUCAUGCUCCAGUUCCUCUCCCUUCUCUCUGCCCGACAGCCCUUAAUGUUUACUCACCAUAUUUCUAAAUAAGCGUGAUUAGGGGCUCCUUUCUCUUUGCUGUGGUGGAGACGGUGCUGCAUGCGCCUCUGGUACCAAGUGCCCCGUGUCACACCGUUCCACACUAUGAAGAACAAGAGAGAAGGAGCCACAGCUGAAAGGAAGAUGGCUGUUAACUGACCUAAAUAUACACAAACCAGGACUUCUGCUCAUUCUUUUCAACUUUUUCCUUCCAUAUAACUAUGCUUUUGGCUGGAAUAAUGGACUAUGUACGCCUAACAUAGUACAAACAAGUAUAUUGAUUAGUCUCUUUUGAGAAGACUUUGGGGCCAGUAUUGUCAUCAUUUAGCCUCUUUGUGUCUGUCAUGAUGCAAUUAUAAAAAUACAUAGAAACAUCAAUGACAGUGAUGAUUGAUUUGUAAGUAGUAUCUUUUGUAAAGAUUUUCUUUAGAAAAAUAAUUCACAAAACCUUGAAGUCAUUUCUGUUGCUGUAAGCCUUAAUUAAAAUAUUUCACCACCGCA